AUCUCAUAUGUGAACUAUCCUCCAGUUUAUUACAUCAUAAAUAUAAAAGGUCCACCAAAAGUCAAAUCUGUCGAAAAUACAACUAGUACUAAUAUUACUAUCACUGACCUACCUCUUACUGAUACAAACUACACCAUUACUAUCAUGCCUGUUAAUGUUAUUGGAUAUGGACCAUCAGCUACUGUUAAUGUUAGUAAGUUCCCAGUAAAGAACACUUUAUUUAGUAGUACUCACAUGAUGUUGAGCACAAUAGAAUCAGAUACAAUGAUGAGUAGUACUGCCACUAUCACUGAGCAGGUCACAAUGUGUGAUGUAGUAGCAACGAGUUCAGCACUGACUGUCCUCUCAGUGAUAACAGUAACAGCAUCUUUUGCAACAACAAGAGAUCAUGAACCAUGUGUGACCAAAGCAUUAAAUUCACUGUCAACAGAUGGAGAAACCAUUAGUGUUGCUAUUGGAGUGCCUAUCAUCACUGGUCUAAUAACUGGAGUCAUUUCUGCAUUCAUUACUAGCAUCAUUGUAUACUGUAUAAUGAAAAGAAGGAGAAUCAAGACAAUGGAAGUAGCACAAGAAGGACCAGUAUAUGACAUACCAAUAGUCAGUGCUGAGCAGAAACCAAAUCCAAUUGGUACACAUUUUAAUGCUGCAUAUGGACAAGUAAACAUUUGAUUAUUUUAAGAGAAUUUUAUUAAUUUAAUA